AGCAGCAGCUGAGCGGAAGUCACGACCCGAGGAGAGAGAGAGAAACACGGAAGAUGUCGUUUGCCAGUGACAAACUCUACAAUGGAUAUCUGCGGCGGAGAAUGCCAGCCAUUGUGAGCAAGGUGAAAGUGAGAGAAGUCAUCGUCCAUCUGCCGUGCUUGACCACUCACGACAGGGAAAACAUAGAAGCAAAAAGAGAGACUAAUGGGAACUACGAUGGCAUGGUGCUUCUUCUGGACUGUCUGAAGAGGAGAGAGAACUGGCCCGAGCAGUUUAUCGAAGCACUUGAAGCUUGUGAGCACACAACGAUAGCAGAUGAGAUCCGAGCUGAGUACGACGCUCUGAGAGGCAAUUCCAACCCCAGCUCGCCUUCAUCAACUGUAAUCAGGGCACACGUCCAUCCAGCACCAUCUGCCAGUCAUCUGCCGGUUCCAGAGAGCGGCGCUGCUGCUGCUGAUGCUGCUGCUGAUGCUGCUCCACCGGCUGAAGCAUCAGCUCCUCCAGAGCCAGAUGCUCAGGCGCCGCUGCAACCAGAAGCCCAGAGCUCAGCCGCCGUGCAGGCCAGCUUACCAGAGGCUGUUCCCCCACCCGAGCCUGUCCCCGAGCCUCCACAGGCCACUCAGAUUGAAGUGGUACCCCCUCCGACAACACCUCCUCCCUCCCCUGUGACCCCACACACUCCGGCCAGCACACCACCGAGAGAGGGUAAUGCUCAGCAGGAGCCAGAGGAAAACUCUGAGUCAGACAUCCAGGAUAUCUCUACUGAUGACUGCGUGAUUCCUGAUCAGCUGAGCGCACGAGAGGUUGAGGUCGACCCUGAGGUGACUCCGGAUCCUCUCCAAGCAACAACCACAGAAGUGGCCAGCACAGCACCGGAGGAAGUUAAUGCUAACCAGGAGCCAGAGGAAAACUCUGAGUCGGACAUCCAGGAUAUCUCUGGGGAUAAGGUUGUGAUUCCUGAUCAAGUGAGCGCAGAAAAGAGCGAGGCUUUAGUCAACUCGUUGGUGACGCCUCCCCUGUCGCCGUGUGAGAGGGACACCGAUCCUGAUCCUCUCCGAACAACAGCAGCCUCAGAUGUCAGUCCACCACAGAGUCCAACUCAGGCAAACUCAGACGUAACCGACGGAUCCUCUUUCCCCAUACUGACCCCAGAGAAGCAUCCAGUUCAGGACACCACCCCCCCUGAGGAUAUAAAACCUGCUGAGGUCCCGGAGCCUGAAGAGACGUCCGAGCCUCCGAUUACACAGGUUGUUGGAAGCAGCCCACAGACAGAAACAGCACCGACAGCCUCCCCCUUGCCUGGCGCCGACGGGAUGGACGCCUCCAUCUUUGGUGACGACACUUUGUGUAUGAGCAAGCCUGACCCCCUCAUCAGCUUCCAACCAGAAAGUCACGACAGUCCUACUCUCCCUGCACACGACCCACCAGAGGAGCCGUACUCUGGUGAAAGUGAGCGUCUGGAAAUGAGCGAUGCUGCACCGCAUGAGGUUACAGUUCCUGCAUGCUCUGCUAUCACCUCCACCUCCACCACCACUGUCUCCGGGCUGCCGUGCCAGGAGAACGGCAUUGCAUUUAACCACGAUGAGCCGGGGGAGAACCACUACGAAUCUCCGUGUCUGAGUCUGGAAAGCCAGGAGGUGCAGGUGAAUGUGGUGCACGUAUCUGAGGAGCCGUCCAUCCUCAACCUAGAUGGUCAAGUCCCAGCACCGCAGGCUCACCUCAUCAAUGGAGAAGCAGCCAGAGAGAUCACUCCUUCCCCACCGUCCACCACCACCGAUGAGAACCCCACCUCUGAUAAGAGCUGCCUCCCCCCCGAGCUUGCUGAGAUCACACCCGAGCCCAAAACACUGCCUGGCUCAGAGGAGGAGUCGGCCCCUCGCACCUCGCCGUCUAAUAGGAAGUACAUCCUGACUGCGGCAGGAGUGGGCGCCUGUGCACUGCUGAUGGCGUGGAAGUUUAAGAAUUAAGAGGAUUUAAUACCUUUAAAGGGAGAAGAUUAGGCUUUAAGUACAAGAGGAUCUUAAGGGUAUGGUGCCUUAUUGUAGUCACUGGACCUAGAUGGCGUGAGGCAGCUGUUUCAUAAUUAUCUAUGGUAAUAAUAGCUUCUAGACGGUUUAAAUACAAGCAUAUCAGAGUGAGUUUAGUUGGAGACUCUCACUUGCCUGUAUGUGUGAUUCGCUGACGACCUGCCUCUCCCCCAGUGUCAGCUGGGAUCGGCUCUAUCCCCAGUGCCCCCAAUGACCCUCAAAGAAUAAGUGGUAUAGAUAGUGCAUAGAUAUUUGGUUUGUAGUCUGAGAGCGUGUAUUAAUGACAGAAAUGUUUGUAUGUUCAUUUGUCUGAUAAGCACUUUGAAGAAAAAGGCUGUUGUUGUUCCUCCAGUGACGAUUAGUGCAUCAAAGACUGAGGUUUUACUGAGUGUGGACUGUGGAUGAAAGAAAACCAUCAUCACACACAUUGUUCCUGCUGAUCAGUGGGACAUGGGAUGAAAGGGAAGGCUUGUGCACUGUUUGUAUUUAUUUGUACAUAUAAAGAUAUAUAUAUAUAAACAUUAUAUGAAAAGUAUAUAUUUAAAGAAUUAAUAAUGAUGAAUUGAUAACAUUCCAAAGCGCUCGUAUGUCUCAGAUGUUCCGCCCCCAAAGAGUCAUUCAACCAAACACUUAGUAAUCAUGCAUCACAUAUUCCUUAAUUCAUCACAUUUUUUGCAUAUUUAUCCAGUUCAUAGUCUAGACCAGUGGUUUUCAAACUUUAAAACAAUGACACUUUUUCAGUCAUGUCACUGUACCCCAGUUUCUGUCUGAGACAGCAAGAGUGUUGUGCUAGCUGUUUAAUGUACAACUGGGUUUUUAAAUGGAUAUUUUUGGACUAAUGUAUUUUGUGAAGCACUUAUCAUUAUUAUUUAGUUUUAAUGUUUUCAAAUGUAAUAUACAUAAUGUACUACAUUACAUCUAAUAUCUUGCUGCAUGCAUGGCAGGUCCUUUAGCAGCCACUGGUCUAGACAGCAACCUGUAUUGUGAUAUCAUCCGCUGUAAAUGUUUGGGAAGACAUUUUGUUUUGUUCUUUGAGCUGAGAGAGUUUAUUGUAAAAAGCUCCAUUGAUAUUUUAAGAUGUUUUUUUUGAGCUGCAGAGAUGUAGAUGAAAUUAAAUGUUGGUAUUAUGCAAAUAUAACGUGUAAAUUGUGAGCUCAGAUUUAGUUUAAUCAAAAUUGAUUUGAACUGUUUCUGGCUAUACACUUCUGCAAUCACAGCAAUAAACCUGAAAGUAUAAAGA